UGGUGCUCGUGCGUUCCAUUGGUUAGUUGUGUCGUCGCGCUGCCAGUGACGUCACUAGGCGGCAGUAUGGCGAUCUGCCACUUUUUUCUCCAGGGCCGUUGCCGGUACGGAGAUAGAUGCUGGAAUGAACAUCCGGCAGAUGGCGGAGGAGGCAGGCGUCAUCAAGGCCAAAACCGGUACCAGCAACCACCACCACAAGGGAUCAUCCAAAACCGGUACCAGCAGCCACCACCACCACAAGGUGGCUCUCGACACUGGAAUGCUCCAUCUCAGCAACAUCCUGCUGCUAACUUUUCCAAAUCCACAACUUGGACAAAUAAACCCCGUGAUGAAAGUUUUAAACCUACCGGAGCUGCAGGAUUCAGUGGCUCGCAGAAUCGCUUUGCUGCCUUAUCUGCUCAAGAUCAUUCAAGAGAUGCUCAGAAGGACCAAGAUGGAAACCUCAUAGAUGAACUGAUAAAGGACAUUCAGAUUUGGGAAUCAUCCAAACAAUGGCCAUUCUCAGUCUAUUCUGUGUCAAAGGAAAAGUGCAAUAUUUCAGGCUUUACAGACAUCUCACCAGAAGAGCUCCGCUUAGAAUACAUUGCGUCUCAGGCCAGUGGGAAUCUACAGAAUUAUAUGAAUUCAGUCCAGCAGAUGGUGAACAAUUGGAAACAAAAAAUCAAUGAACUAAUGAAUCUAAACUCAUCAUCUAAAGUUGCACUGCUUAAUGAACUGAACAAUACAUCUACCUACACAAUACCUGCCUCUGGAGGGGCACAGCAGCCGGGCUUUGGAGGGGCACAGCAGCCGGGCUUUGGAGGGGCACAGCAGCCGGGCUUUGGAGGGGCACAGCAGCCGGGCUUUGGAGGGGCACAGCAGCCGGGCUUUGGAGGGGCACAGCAGCCGGGCUUUGGAGGGGCACAGCAGCCGGGCUUUGGAGGGGCACAGCAGCCGGCCUCUGCGUCAUUGGGUUUGGUGGCCAACAAUGCAUCUCCGACAGCAGCAACGUUUAGUUUUAAAGUGGAUUCUGGUGUUGCCCAAAAUACCAAUGCACCUGCCGCUGCGGCCAGUACCACUGCAAGUUUCACGGGGUUUGGUGCAAAACCCACCAGUACUGUUGGAUUUGGUAGCACAGCUGCACCGUCCGCAUCUUCAUUUUCCUUCGCAGGACCGGCUGCUUCCACUGCUGGUACAUCUGUUUUUGGUUCAUCCUCUGCUCCUAGCAAUGUUGCAAAUUCCAAUACAAGUGUUUUUUCAGGUUUUGGUGGAUCUGCUGCUCAUGGAUUUGGGGGAGCUCCUACCACGUUAGGAGCACCUGCUUUUGGUGGAAAUGCGAGUGCGUCCAUGGCCUCUGUUUCAGCUUCUGGCUUCGGAAGCAGUACCACCGCAGUUUCUGAUCUCUUUAAAUCUGGUGCAGUGGGCUCUACCUCCAUAUUUGGGCAACCAUCUUUAUUUUCAGCUAGUAGUACAGCAGCAAUUAACCCACCACCUGCAGCUUCUAUAUCUAACAGCAGCACAAGUGAAACCUUAUUUACACCACGGACUGAGCUCUCUGCUGAGGACAUUGUGCAAUUUGAAGCAAAGAAGUUUACUUUAGGAAAGAUUCCUUUACCACCACCUUCAGCUGAUCUUUUAGUUGUUUAAUAUAACAUUUGUAAUAACACUCAUCGGUCUCUCUUGGAUUACUUUGAAUGCUGUUUCUUUCAUUCAACUCCAUGCAACCUCACAUUGCUUCGGGUUAUUUUUUUCCUUCUUAAUGUUUUAAGAUUUUAUCAUCAGCCUUGUGUAUGAGUUCAGCAAUUUAGUCAUACAUUUUUGGCCGUGUUGAAUAUGUUUUAAAGGUAAUUUAAUUGAAUAUAAAGCCCCAAUAAAAGUGCUCUCUAAUCUUGCGGACAUUGCUGCUUUGGCCCAAAUUUUGUAUUAGUGUUGAGUGAAUAAAUGCCAUAGAUUUUCACAUUAUGUCUUACAUUGCAACUGAGCACCAGCAAUCAUCUCACAGUAUUAGACAUUUUCUGUUAUGUUUUUUUUUUUUAUACAUUAUAAUUUUUCAUUUUUAUUUUUGUAACUAGCUGCUUACUGUUUUAACUCUAACAACCCUAUUCAUUAUUUUUCAAAUAUAUGUGUUUUUCUAAUAUAGAUUGUGUUUGGAGUGUUAAUUUAUGAAUUCCUGUCGUAUAAUUACUAGGUGUGGUAUUACAAGGUCAUGAAUUUAUGAUCCGUUAAGAAAUCCUGCCAUGGUGGUAGUAAUAAUCCUCAGCCACAGUCCCUUCAAUAAUAAUUUGUGUCCUCUGUAAUUAAUUCUGCCUUGAAAAGUAUGACAGAAAAACAUGUAUACACUUUCACAAUGUGUUUUCAGAACUUCUGUUCAUACUUCUCCUCUUAAUACGAAACUGUCCCUUUCAUAGACAUGGCAAUUCUUCGUUCUUUCAUCCCAGUAAAUUAUUUUGCAACGUUGACUGAGAGUGAAUAUCAGAGCAAAGUUACGUAAAACACUUACAAACCUCCAUUGGCUUUCUUUUUCACUUUCUUAUUAUGCCUGGGAAAUCUAACCGAGAAUUGCCAUAUGGUUGCAGUAUGAUUCACCAAGCAAUGCAUGUAAAUAAAAAUUAAAU